AUUCCUUCUCGUUUAUUGCCGUGGACAAUCGACCCUCCUAUUGGACUGCGCCAUACUAAAUCAUUGGUGUUCCGGCUAAGUAACUCCUGAUAGCCAAUUACCUUGUCAAACGCCCCUCAUUUGCUCAUUUACCCUGCUGUAUCGAGUGACCUGUCUCCACGGGCGGAGUCACUCGUCCCAGCGAAUGUCGACAAGCUAUUUGAUCUGCUUAAUACCAACGGCGAGGCGUCCUCGGGAUCAACAUGGAGUCGCGCACCAAGGUCCCUUUCUGCCACUCAACAGGGGAGUCGGAACUUGCUUGAUGGUGUUCUCUCGCCGGCUGCCACAACUCAAAGACCUUUUGUCCAACAACAUUCAAUAUGGCAGGAACCGCUUUUUGAGUCGGGGUGUAGAGGCUCACUGCAUGGUCAACAAUGCGCAGGGCAAUGCUCCGACCCCAAGAUAUUGUUCAGUUCCCUCAGCAUUCUAGGAAACUGCCUUGCCUUUGCAACUGCGGGCUUACUGGCAGAUGACGGCAUUGUUAUUCGAGAAGCCCCACUGGAGGACACCCCGACAUCACUACAAAUAGCUGGUGUCCCGGAAAACAUCAAUGCAACUCAGAUACUCGAUGAUAUUGUACGAUGCGCUGUGUCGUCCUGCGAAGGCGAAGGUAGAAUAUCCGGCAUGGCCACCUGCACGACACAGCUUAUCGAACUAAGGGGACACCUGGGUGGUCCGCAUAACGCCACUAGCCUUGAGCAAUUCCAGGUCCUUCAUGACGGCCUAGGCCAAUAUUGUGGCAAGCUUGAUAUGGAGUUUGAGCCUGACAUUGCAGGGCCGGGGGUCCUGCUGUCACAAAUGAUACAGGCAUCAGUCUCAGUCACCUCGUUUGUUUUCAUCACGAUAAUCAGCUCUUGGGCCCGGUUCGUUCUUUUGGUCCACAAGCGAGGCGACUGGAAGAAAGCGGAGCGUCGUCACAGAAAACUCACAACAUCCAGAGUCCACGGUGCGUUGGUUUCGGCUGCCGUGGAAUUCCAGGAAGCCCAAGCCUUCUUCACCAUGGCCAUUCAGAUCGCGACCAUUGCCACGUUUGAGCCGAGCUUUACCUGCGGCUUGUCUUGCAGCCAGCAAGAAUCGAUCCAAUCCCUGAGCGACACCAUCAUGAAUGGGCAGUUGAUUCGUGCUCUGGCGGUCAACAGCAUGUUGCCUGUGCUUCUGACACAGUCAGUACUCCACCGUGCCGGAAUGAGCUGGUGGUAUACCUUGACGCUUUGCAUCAUUGUCUGCAUCUUUUCAGAGGUCAUCAGGUGGCAAACUGUCACUCAAGUCCCUUUCCACAUCCUGUUAGGCCGGCUAAAAGAUCUAGUACCAGUGGAUGAGUGUGGUGGUAACCCUUCUCUGACAGCGUAUUGCCUGACGCCUUUAUACAAUCUUCAACUUGUGGAAAUGCCCAUGCUGAUUGUAGGAUAUACAACCGCCCUUGUACUCCUUCUUGCGCAGAGCGCACAUCGGACAUGGCCGAUUAUUUCACCUAUUGUCGAGAGGCAUAGACCUGGUCAGUUGCUGGCUUACUUGGGAAAGCAUUUCUUUCGAGUGUCUUGGUACGGAUUGCAGAUGACCCUUGCCAUCGCCACGGCUUUACAUUUCGUCACUCUUUGGACCAUCAGCCGCGGUUUGAACGCGUCACCGAAAGACUGGACAUAUGGCCAGGUGGUGUCGGCAAUGCUCUGGGCUCCGAUAUUGGGAAAGUACCUAUACUACAAUAUUUUUGGAGUGAAGAGGGGAGUCGAGGCACGGCUUGCGCGAGAGUACACGGUGAUUCGACUUGAGCCUCACUGA